AUGCCACACAUCGAUGAGCCUGUCUCAACAGAGGCGAAGGAGCUCUGGCGCCCCUCGUCUCCGGAGAAGACGCAGAUCUACGAUUUCAUGACCAAGGUGAACAAGAAACAUGGCCUGUCUAUGAAUGCUUACGAUUCUCUCUGGAAAUGGAGUGUUUCAGAGCCGGCCAAGUUUUGGGAGGAGAUUUGGCACUAUACCAAUAUCAUAGCCCAUGAGCCAUAUACACAGGUCCUUGAAUCAGAUAAGGUGCUAUUCCCUCGACCGGCAUUCUUCGAAGGGAGCACUCUGAAUUUCGCCGAGAAUCUCCUUUACCCGGCCUGUGCGCCGGAUGAGAAUUCUAUUGCCGUGAUUGGCGCCACAGAGGCCGAUCGCGAGUUUGUCUCAUGGAAGGAGCUGCGAGAACGUGUUCGCAAAUGCGCCAACGCCCUGAAAGAAGCAGGUCUCGAAACUGGUGACCGCGUGGCGGGCUUUGUCGGCAACCACGCCAACACUGUGGUGGCGAUGUUAGCUGCGGCAUCCAUCGGCGCUUUCUGGACUGGAGUGUCGCCGGAUACUGGUGUUCACGCGGUUCUCGAGCGCCUCAAGCAGAUCGAGCCAAAAAUUCUCUUUGCCGACAAUGCCUCACUUUACAAUGGCAAGGUUCAUGGCUCGCAUGCCAAAGUGCGCGAGAUCGUGAGUGAGCUGCCCAACUUGGAGCUUUUGGUUGUGUUUGAGACUGCCAAGUCCCUUGAUGUCCAUCUUGAGGAAAUUCGCCCGGCAAAUGGAAAGGUUAUCACCUACGAAGGCUUCCAGACUGCCGUUCGCGACCAAGCUGCACCCUUGAAGUUUGCAAGCUUGAGCCCCGAGCACCCGGUCUAUAUCUUGUACUCUUCAGGAACCACGGGAGCGCCGAAACCCAUUGUUCAUGGAUCAUUGGGUACAUUGUUGCAGCAUAAAAAGGAGCAUCUUCUUCACUGUGAGAUUCGGCCUGGUGAUCGCCUGUUCUACUUCACGACCACAACCUGGAUGAUGUGGCACUGGCUGGUGUCCGGCCUGGCCAGUGGUGCUACCAUUGUCUUGUAUGAUGGCUCACCAUUCCGACCUUUCGAUGUUGAAGGGGGCAACGGAGAGAUGGCCAUGCCGCGACUCAUCGAUGAGCUUCAGAUCACCCACUUCGGUACCUCCGCCAAGUAUCUCUCCAUGUUGGAGCAAGCGGCGCUCAACCCUCGCAAGCAUGCGCACCGGCCGGUGUCUCUCAAGACUUUGAGGGCUAUUUUCAGCACGGGCUCUCCGUUAGCUCCUUCGACUUUCGAGUACAUCUAUUCCUCCAUUCAUCCCGAUAUUAUGUUGGGAUCCAUCACUGGUGGUACAGAUAUUUUGUCUCUAUUCUGUUCGGGCUGCCCAAUCUUGCCCGUCUACAAGGGCGAGAUUCAGUGCCGCUCUCUGGGAAUGGCUGUCUCUGUUUUCGACUACGCCGGUAACGACGUCAGCGCCUCUGGCGAACCCGGAGACCUUGUUUGCACCACUCCCUUCCCAGCACAGCCGGUCAUGUUCUGGCCACCUGGUCCCACAGGUCUGGAGAAAUACCGGAAGAGCUAUUUCGACGUAUUCGGUCCUUCAAUCUGGCACCAUGGAGACUUUGUCCGUUUGAACCCCGAGACGGGGGGUGUGGUCAUGCUGGGCCGCAGUGACGGUGUGCUCAAGCCAUCCGGUGUGCGCUUCGGAAGCGCCGAGAUUUACAAUGUCCUGCUAAAACAUUUUGCUGAUGAGAUUGAGGACUCGCUAUGUGUUGGACGGAGGCGAGAGGGCAUCGACACCGAUGAGACGGUGGUCCUCUUCAUGAAGCUUGCACCGGGUACUUCUUCCAGCGUGUCUGACCUCUCGAAACGCAUUCAGGCCAUCAUCCGCAAAGAGUUGAGUCCUCGCCAUGUGCCUGGCAUCAUUGACGCCUGUCCGGAAAUUCCCGUUACUUCCAAUGGCAAGAAGGUCGAGAAUGCGGUCAAGCAGAUCUUGUGUGGACUCAACAUCAAAAUCGGUGCAAGCGUUGCCAAUGCUACAUGUCUUGAUUGGUAUCGCAACUGGGCUUCGGAGCAUCCUUGA